UUACUACCCCCAACCCCACCACCACAACGCAACAUCCAAAACCAAAAAGAACCCAUUCAGACAUGGCCUCCCUUCACUGUUAUCUUCUUCAACUCACCAUUUUCCUUCUUCUUUUCAAUCAAAACCUCUGCUUUCCAUCCAAGCAAACACUUGUUUUGCCUCUGAAGAAAACGCUAGGACCACAUCCACACCGUGCCAGCCUGCAGCUUUCAUCAUCCUCCACCAGCAGGCUACCUUUCCACCACAACGUGACUCUGACUGUAACUGUCUCCGUCGGUUCUCCGCCGCAGAAAGUCACCAUGGUGCUCGACACUGGAAGCGAGCUCUCUUGGCUCCACUGCAAAAAAGUUCCCAACUUGAAUUCCAUCUUUAACUAUCAGUCCUCUUCUUCCUACGUACCCAUCCCCUGCUCCUCCCCUGUUUGCAGGACCAAAACCCGGGACCUAACCAAUCCAGUAUCUUGCGACCCAAAAAAGUUAUGCCACGCCAUCCUCUCCUACGCUGAUGCUUCCUCCGUUGAAGGCAACCUCGCCUACGAGACCUUCGUCAUCGGAUCCUCAGCCCAACCCAGAACCAUAUUCGGCUGCAUGGACUCCGGUUUGAGUUCGAAUUCAGAAGAAGACGCGAAAACGACCGGGUUAAUGGGCAUGAACCGCGGGUCAUUAUCUUUUGUGAACCAAAUGGGUUUUCCCAAAUUCUCGUACUGCAUAUCCGGCUUCGACUCGUCCGGCGUUUUACUUCUCGGCGAAGCCAAUAUCCCGUGGCUCAAAGGAAUAAAUUACACCCCAUUAGUAGUAAGAUCCGACCCGUUACCGUACUUUGACCGGGUCGCAUAUACGGUUCAGCUCGAAGGCAUAAAGGUUGGAGCAAAAAUGCUGCCGCUACCGAAAUCCGCUUUCGAACCGGACCAUACCGGGGCAGGUCAAACCAUGGUUGACUCAGGCACCCAAUUCACAUUUUUGCUAGGUCCGGUUUACACCGCGUUGAAAACCGAGUUCAUUCAGCAAACGAGGGGAAUAUUAAAAACGUUGGAAGAACCGAACUUCGUGUUUCAGGGAGCAAUGGAUUUGUGUUACCGGGUGGAGUCAACUAGGACGGGUUUACCCGAAUUGCCACGAGUCAGUUUAAUGUUUCGCGGAGCGGAGAUGAGUGUAUCGGGCGAGAAGUUAUUAUAUCGGGUACCGGGGGUAGUCAGGGGGAGGGAUUCGGUGUAUUGUUUCACAUUUGGGAACUCCGACUUGUUGGGGAUGGAGGCAUUUGUGAUUGGCCAUCACCAUCAGCAGAACGUGUGGAUGGAGUUUGAUUUGGUGAAUUCAAGGGUUGGAUUUGCAGAGGUUAGGUGUGAUUUGGCGGGUCGGAGACUGGGUAUGGGCCUGUGAGGUGAGCCCAAACCCCCAACAUGUAAAUGACAAAAGGGUUCGGAAUAGGUCAGGGGUUUGGAAUUAGUGGUGUUUCUUUUGACUUUAUGACGGGCCCCAUUGUCCUUUCAAUGGCCCAUCUCAAAAGAUUGAGAUGACUAUUGAUUGGACAAUGUGUGGUCAUUGUUGGGUGUGAUACUUUUGGGUUUUGGAUGUUGUAAAUAUAACAUUUAGAUAGUUGUUAUGCGGUCCACAUCACUUUUUUUUUUUAUUAUUAAUAUAAAAAAUUAUUUUAUAAUUUAAAUUAUUUUAAAUUAUAAAAUAAUUAUUAUUAAAUAAAAAUGAAAUCUCUUAAUAUUAAGUUUUUUAUUAAAAAUUUUUUAUUUUAUAAUUUAAAUUAUUUUAAAUUAUAAGAUAGCUAUUCACGUUAAUAUAUUUUGUUUUUUUUGUGCUCCUGUGAAUCGCUGUAGGGUAUACCCAUCAGACAGAAAAUCCCUGUAGAAUAUAGGAAAAGAAAAUACAAUCUGUGAA